CUACACCAUCAUGGGUAUUAAUGAGGAUGACCGUUCUAGUAAUUAUAUUUCUAUGGUUUGAAUACGAACCCUGGGAAGACAGAGACCCUGAGAGAGAGAUGGGGAUGGAUCGUCUUUAGAUACUGUAUCGAGCUGGCGGUAUAGAUUACGCUAUAGAUUUCCUGUGAGGAAAUAGAUUUUGAUUGGUUUUCUUUUGGCAGUCCUGCGUUAUUGCUUCACCUAAAUGCAGUAAUCAGUGUCUUUUACCCCUGUGUAAUGUUACGCAACACUGUGUAACGCUAUGCAACACUGUGUAACGCUAUGCAACACUGUGUAAUGUUACGCAACACUGUGUAAUGUUAUGCAACACUGUGUAAUGUUAUGCAACACUGUGUAAUGUUACGCAACACUGUGUAAUGUUAUGCAGCACUGUGUAACACUAUGCAACACUGUGUAACACUAUGCAACACUGUGUAACGUUAUGCAACACUGUGUAACAAUAUGCAACACUGUGUAACACUAUGCAAGACUGUGUAACACUAUGCAACACUGUGUAACACUAUGCAACACUAUGCAACACUGUGUAACGUUAUGCAACAUUGUGUAACGCUAUGCAACACUGUGUAACACUAUGCAACACUGUGUAACACUAUGCAACACUGUGUAAUGUUAUGCAACACUGUGUAACACUAUGUAACACUGUGUAACGUUAUGCAACACUGUGUAACGUUAUGCAACACUGUGUAGCACUAUGCAACACUGUGUAACACUAUGCAACACUGUGUAACACUACAUAACACUGUGUAACACUAUGCAACAAUGUGUAACACUAUGCAACACUGUGUAAUGUUAUGCAACACUGUGUAAUGCUAUGCAACACUGUGUAAUGUUAUGCAACACUGUGUAACGAUAUGCAACACUGUGUAACGAUAUGCAACACUGUGUAACGAUAUGCAACACUGUGUAACGAUAUGCAACACUGUGUAACACUAUGCAAGACUGUGUAACGAUAUGCAACACUGUGUAACGCUAUGCAACACUGUGUAACACUGUAUUAUGUCGUCACUGUGUUGUACACAUUAUUGGGUUGUGAUGGUAUUCUGUUUCACAGCAGUACGUUUUGCAGCAGUACGUUUUGCAGCAGUUAGUUCAGCAGCAGUAAGUUUUGCAGCAGUAAGUGUCUUUAUGUUUAACGCAAGUUCAAUUUAAACUCCACAUUCAUUGUAAUUACUAAGGCGUAUUUUCCAAUCAUAUUGCCAUUUCACACUUAAUCGGUUUCUUUGAUUAUUAUUAAGUAUGUAAUUAGCUAACGUGGUUUUUAAACCUCCUCACCUUCUUUCCUAAAAACUUUAAAUUCUCUUGAUAGGAUAAUUGUUUUGGUUUUACUUCCAUCUCCCUUUAAAUGCUCUUUUGAAACCUUUUCAUGUGCAUUCACUCAAACAUUCGUCUCAAGGGUGUUCUGUGAACUGCUCUUGUCACGGUCGUUUAUAGACUGGGCGGACCAAGGCGCAAUGUGAUAAGCAUACACGUUUAUUUAAAGGAAUAAACACUCGACAAAACAACAAACGAAACGUGAAGUCCAAGGUAGCACACAAACAUACCUAACACGGAACAAGAUCCCACAACUAACUAGUGCCAAAUAGGCUGCCUAAGUAUGGUCCCCAAUCAGAGACAACGAGCUACAGCUGCCUCUGAUUGGGGACCACACAGGCCAACAUAGAAAUAGACAUACUAGAACAUAUCACCAUAGAAAUAUACAACAUAGAAUAUACACACCCCUGACUCAACAAAUAAACGUCCCCUGAGUCAGGGCGUGAAAGCUCUGGCUAAGAUCGAUUUAAUUAUCAGUGUUGCUAAAUGCGUAAUGAGCUUUAAUGGCCAGUCUCACUGCUGUAGAAACCAAACACAAAGUAUUUUAAGAGUCCAGCUCUCAGGCAUUUUAAAGGGGUAAUCUGGAAUUGAUUGGUACAUCCAUUUUUUGACUUUUAUUAUUAUUGAAGAAUAUAACUUAUAAAUGCCUCAUUAGCUUAGUUCAGCGGUCUUACUCAAUCACAACCCAACAUAUAAUUUAUCCAGCCCCAUCCCUCAGCUGUUUACCAAACAAGGAGCUACAUUGUUGUUGUUUGAAUCUCAGAUUGCCCCUUUAAAUUCUAAAGACUCAUUCUAAUGAAGCUUUCUGAUAAUUCUAGAAUAUUGCCCUGAAGGACAGUAGGACACUGGUGGAGGUUAAGUGAAAGUAGAUAGAUGUACUAACACACACACACACACACACACACACACACACACACACACACACACACACACACACAGAGAUAUGCACACACACAUUCCUCAUCCUUGGGUGUGUUUUGUUUUUCAGGACAAUCAAGGCAGAGGUGUACGACUGGGACAGAGAUGGCAGGUAAGGAGGCGACACACACAGACAUGCAACAGCACACGCACAUACACACAAUAAUGUUUCCACUUGAUUCGUUUCCAGACGGGAAAUGAUUUAUGCAUGUAUGGCAGAAGUAUCAUUUGUGUUAGGAUAUUCCUCAUCAUGUUUUACAAGAUAAAGCACUACUAAAACACUGUUAUGUGUUUCACUACUACAACACCGUUAUAUGUUUCACUACUACAACACCGUUAUAUGUUUCACUACUACAACACCGUUAUAUGUUUCACUACUACAACACCGUUAUAUGUUUCACUACUACAACACCGCUAUAUGUUUCACUACUACAACACCGCUAUAUGUUUCACUACUACAACACCGCUAUAUGUUUCACUACUACAACACCGUUAUAUGUUUCACUACUACAACACCGUUAUAUGUUUCACUACUACAACACCGUUAUAUGUUUCACUACUACAACACCGUUAUAUGUUUCACUACUACAACACCGUUAUAUGUUUCACUACUACAACACCGUUAUAUGUUUCACUACUACAACACCGCUAUAUGUUUCACUACUACAACACCGCUAUAUGUUUCACUACUACAACACCGUUAUAUGUUUCACUACUACAACACCGCUAUAUGUUUCACUACUACAACACCGUUAUAUGUUUCACUACUACAACACCGCUGUAUGUUUCAGCAGCUUCAUUCCUGCUCUGUUGAGCCAAGUACACAACACAUCCAUCGUAUUUCUACACCCCAGAGGGACUGUCUAUAUACACAGUCUGACAUUUUGUUGUUGUUGUGUACUUUACCCUCCAGCCAUGAUUUCAUCGGCGAAUUCACCACCAGCUACCGAGACCUGUCACGGGGCCAGAGCCAGUUCAAUGUGUACGAGGUGAGUGGAGAGGGAGGGAGGGAGGGAGGGAGGGAGGGAGGGAGGGAGGGAGGGAGGGCACUCAUCCAAAGGCAUACAGAUAAAACAGAGAAUAACAUAAUAAAUAGACCACAGGCCCUUGUAGGAGGAAAGAGAAUAGCAAGCACAAUCUGACAUAGCAUCUCUGCUACCCAGUCAGGAGAUGUACACUACAUUACUGUACUGCAAUAUUAGCAUUAGCGCUAGUAUCUACUCAACAUUAUGCUAGCAUUAGCAUAACUUUCCCUGGUUCACACUGAACCCCACUGAGUUUGGCUAUGGUAAUAGCAACCUGGGCAGCAAAGGGGAUGAGGUAAGGGAUUAGAAGGAGAUGGAAAGCCACAGUGCAGAGCUAGAGGGCCAGGCCUAGGUUCGACUGCUCUCCCACAACCCUGCACAGUGUCUGCGUCCCAGAUGGCAUCCUGUUACCUAUAUAGUGCACUACUUUUGACCAGAUCCAUAUUGGCCCAGGUCUAAAGAAGUGCCCUAUAUAGGGAAUAGGGUACUGUAUAGUGAAGUGGAUAUAAGGAUACUAGUCUACGGCUGGGUCUAUGGCUGGUCCCUGGUCAUUAAAACCGUUGCCACGUUACAUUAACUACUGACAGGGGUAGGGAGAGAGACAAUUACCGUACGACAGACCACAUAUUCACGCUGCACAACCUAAUUGACAAAGAAACAAACCAGAACAAAGGCAAAGUCUUCUCAUGCUUUGUUGAUUUCAAAAAAGCUUUUGACUCAAUUUGGCAUGAGGGUCUGUUAUACAAACUGAUGGAAAGCGGUGUUGGGGGAAAAACAUACGACAUUAUAAAAUGUAUGUACACAAACAACAAGUGUGCGGUUAAAAUUGGCAAAAAACACACACAUUUCUUUCCACAGGGCUGUGGGGUGAGACAGGGAUGCAGCUUAAGCCCCACCCUCUUCAACAUACAUGUCAAUGAAUUGGCGAGGGCACUAGAACAGUCUGCAGCACCCGGCCUCACCCUACUAGAAUCUUAAUUCAAAUGUCUGCUGUUUGCUGAUGAUCUAGUGCUUCUGUCCCCAACCAAGGAGGGCCUACAGCAGCACCUAGAUCUUCUGCACAGAUUCUGUCAGACCUGGGCCAUGACAGUAAAUCUCAGUAAGACAAAAAUAAUGGUGUUCCAAAAACGGUCCAGUUGCCAUGACCACAAAUACAAACUCCAUCUAGACACCGUUGCCCUAGAGCACACAAAAAACGAUACAUGCCUCGGACUAAACAUUAGCCCCACAGGUAACUUCCACAAAGCUGUGAACGAUCUGAGAGACAAGGCAAGAAGGGCCUUCUACGCCAUCAAAAGGAACAUAAAAUUUGACAUACCAAUUAGGAUCCGGCUCAAAAUACUUGAAUCAGUUUUAGAACCCAUUGCCCUUUAUGGUUCUGAGUUCUGGGGUCCGCUCACCAACCAAUAAUUAACAAAAUGGACAACACCAAAUUAAGACUCUGCAUGCAGAAUUCUGCAAAAAUAUCCUCUGGGUACAACGUCAAAUGCCAAAUAAUGCAUGCAGAGCAGAAUUUGGCCGAUACUCGCUAAUUAUCAAAAUCCAGAAAAGAGACGUUGAAUUCUACAACCACCUAAAAGGAAGCGAUUCCCUAACCUACAUUUACAUUUUAGUCAUUUAGCAGACGCUCUUAUCCAGAGGGAUUUACAGUUAGUGCAUAUAUAUAUAUUUUUUUUUUCAUACCCACAGUGGGAAUCAAACCCACAACCCUGGCGUUGCAAACGCCAUGCUCUACCAACUGAGCUACAUCCCCGCUGGCCAUUCCCUCCCCUACCCUGGACGACUGUGCGCCGCCCCAUGGGUCACCCGGUCGCGGCCGGCUACAACAGAGCCUGGAUUCGAACCAGGAUCUCUAGUGGUACAGCUAGCACUGCAAUGCCUUAGACCACUGCGCCACUCGGGAGGCAAGUUGGUCCUGGGGCUCUGUUCACAAACACAAACAGACCCCACAGAGCCCCAGGACAGAAACACAAUUAGACCCAACCAAAUCAUGAGAAAACAAAAGGAUAAUUACUUGACACAUUAGAAAGAAUCAACAAAAAAACUGAGCAAACUAGAAUGCUAUUUGGCCCUAAACAUAGAGUACACAGUGGCAGAAUAUCUGACCACUGUGACUGACCCAAACUUAAGGAAAGCUUUGACUAUGUACAGACUCAGUGAGCAUAGCCUUGCUAUUGAGAAAGGCCGCCGUAGGCUGACCUGGCUCUCAAGAGAAGACAGGCCAUGUGCACACUGCCCACAAAAUUAGAUGGAAACUGAGCUGUACUUCCUAACCUCCUGCCAAGUGUAUGACCAUAUUAGAGACACAUAUUUCCCUCAGAUUACACCGACCCACAAAGAAUUAAAAAACAAACCCAAUUUUGGGUGAAAUACCACAGAGUACCUUCACAGCAGCAAGAUGUGUGACCUGUUGCCCCAAGAAAAGGGCAACCAGUGAAGAACAAACACCAUUGUAAAUACAACCCAUAUUAUUUAUUUUCCCUUUUGUACUUUUUGCACUACUAUUUGCACAUUGUUACAACACUGUACAUAGACAUAAUAUGACAUUUGAAAUGUCUUUAUUCUUUUGGAACUUUUGUGAGUGUAAUGUUUACUGUUAACUUUUGUUAAAUUAUUGUUUAUUUCACUUUUGUUUAUUAUCUAUUUCACUUGCUUUGACAAUGUAAACGGCAAUAAAGCCUUUAAAUUGAAAUUGAAUUGAAAUUAGGAGAGAGAGGUAGGAAGAGAGACAAAGCGAGAGAGAGAGAGAGAGAGAGAGAGAGAGAGAGAGAGAGAGAGAGAGAGGAGAGAAGAGAGAGAGAGAGAGAGGAGAGAGGAGAGAGAGAGAGAGAGAGAGAGAGAGGAGAGAGAGAGAGAGAGAGGAGACGAGAGAGAGAGAGAGGAGAGAGGAGAGAGAGAGAGAGAGAGAGAGAGAGAGAGAGAGAGAGUUUGAGUUUAAAAAAAAACUUUAUUGGGUCUGGGAACCCACAACACAAUAAACACUCAAACAAACAAAAACAUGGUUAAACAUCAAUUUAAAACACAACACUAAAUCUUCCUCCACUAUAACUAAACACAACAACCUCUGAAUACCCCAUAUGCUAAUAAACAGCCCAAUGUUAUUUAUCAGUUUGUAAUAGGACAACUCAACCCUCAGUCUCGCUGCCAACAUCCCCUCCAGCAUGCCCACCACGUCCACAGACCCCUGUCCCCGAAUACUGUUCUUUUGUGUCUUCCAAAUUGCUAAUUUAGCUGCCCCUGACACAAAGUUAAGUAAGAGAACUACACCCGUUCGACUAAACCUGUACUUUGGCCCAAAUAUAAACAGUUGGGAAGAGAAAACCUCUCCCAGAGCUGAGAACCAACUAGUGAUCAGGUCAAUUUCCCGACCAACCUGAGACACUGUAAAAACAGAUGUGCCAGAGUUUCAGACUCAGCACAGAAAGGACACCCCUCCCCAACAGUAGGAUUCAGGUGUACCAGAUGCAUGUUGGUGGCUAUGGCUCCAUGUAUUAUCCUCCAUUGGAGGUCAGCUGUCCUCUUAUCAAUAGGCAGUUUAUAUAAAGACAGCCUUUUGGGAGGCACCUGGACCAAACACACCUGCCCACCUCGUCGAUUUGACCCCUUCCAGGGAAGGACCACGGGACACUUUUGCACAUAUUAUGUACAUGGCCUUCUUUCCCACCGCCUUGAACUCCUCCAGCUCUGGGGUAUGGAAGGAAAGUAGCAUCCCCACUUCCUCCUCUAAUGCCCCUGCCGCAGCACUAACAUUCAGCGCAGGGAACACAUAAUCCAGACCAUCCAUCCACCGAUCAGAAUUGGAAAUAUCAGUCACAUACUGCCGAUGAAGUACUGGCAAGGAAUCGCAGACCUCAGCUACGACCUUCCUCAGUAGGCGAGAUGAUCGGAUCUCCGCUCUUACUCCCAGCUCCUCCAACGAUCAACUCCUGCUCCGCAUCAGAUGGCCCCAGCUUGGUACACCCCACACCUAACAGGCAUGAACGUAGGCUGGCUGAACCCAUAGCACGGGACUGGAUGACAGUGUUAUAAAAAAGAGGGUCUUCAAAAAGCCACAUCCCUUGUGGCGUGCCGGCCUUACGGGACAUGUAGAAAAUUCUCCAAGCUGCAUAACAGACUCAUAGAAUGGAGUCAGGCCAAACAAACCACCCCCCUCUAGCCUCUCCAAGCCUGCAUAGCAGACUCAUAGAAUGGAGUCAGGCCAGACAAAUCACCCCCCUCUAGCUUUAAGAGGAAAAGGUGCUUGUCUAAGCCCAAACAGCCCGCUCUCCUCAUCAAUAUGUAGGCUGUAUCGAACCAGCUAGAACCAUCACUGUACAACAGUCUCUGGGCUGCUUGAAGCCGGAAAGCCAUGAUCCUAGAAGAAAUGUCCACCAGGCCUUGCCCACCCUCGUGCAGUGGCAGGUACAGGGCUGCAGCUUUAAUCCAAUGUUGCCCAGACCAGAAGAAAUUGACAAGGGUCCUCUGAAGCUCUUGUAUCAGGCUGUAAAAUCAUUAGUCUGUGCCACAGGGUAGAGGUGGCUAGGUUAUUGGCUACCAGCACCCUUCCCUUUAAGACAGCUGGAGUAGCACCCAUUUCCACCUGGGCAAUCUGGCACACACCUUCUCCACUACACCCUCCCAGUUCUUUUUUUGAAAGACAUCGGAGCCUAGAAAAAAAACAUCCUAUCUCUGCCCCACUGAAGCCCCCCUGGUAAACGUGGAGCGGACCCUAUCUGAAGCUGACCUGCCCACAGCGAUUCACUCUUUUCCCAAUUAACUCUUGCUGAGGAGGCCCCCCUCAUACACCUUUAGAGCAUUUGAGAGAACCUUAACAUCCUCACCCCCUGUAAUAAAAACUGCCAUACGCAGACAGUGCUAUCGUGGGACCCUUCAUAACCCCUGGCACAGAGAAACCAGUAAGCCUCACUCUUAAAAAACAAAGCAUUGGUUCAAUUGCCAGACAAUAUAACUGUCCUGAAAUUGGGCAUCCUUGCCUAAUACCCCUAUGGGGCAGGAUGGGGCAGCUCAAACCACCCCCCACCUUCACCAUACAUGAGGCCCCAGCAUACAGUAAACUCAUCCAAGACAAAAAAACAUCCCCAAACCCAAAGUCUUUCAUUGUUUUAAACAAGUACUGGUGGUCCACACGGUCAAAAGCCUUCUCCUGAUCCAAAGAAAGCAAACCCACAUUCACAUCAGACAGUUUACAAAUGUCUAAAACAUCUCUUAUUAGAAACAAGUUAUCAACAAUAGAACGGUCAGGUACACAGUAAGACUGGUCCUUGUGGACCAACAGCCCCAGAUAUUAUUUCAUCCUGUUUGAGAGACACUUAGAUAUAAUUGUAUGUUCUGCACACAGCAAUGCAAAAGGUCUGCAGUUUUUUUAAAGAACCAAAUCCCCCUUUUUUGGCAACAAUGAAAGCACAGCACGUUGACAGAAUACAGGAAGAGAACCCUCAUGAAAAGAUUCACACACCAUUUCAUAAAACUCCUCCCAAAAUUGCUUAUUGAAAUCAGAUGGUAAACCAUCGAUGCCAGGGGCUCGGCCUGAUGAGAGCUGCAUAACUGCAGUGGACAGCUCCUGCAGAGUAAUGUCAGAGUCCAAAGCAACUCUCUGCUCAGAGUCCAAUUGAGGAAGUCCAUGUAACAACUGUUCAGCACAUAGAGGAUCACAAUCCUCCGCCUUAUAGAGGGCAGAGUAGAAAUCCACGGCAUGUUGGCGCAUCUCAAAGUCAUCCAUGGUCACCUUCCCAUCAGGGAGACGAAGGCAGACCAUCUGUUUGCGUUGCAAUGUCGACUGCCCUAGGUUUUUUUUAAAGCACUAGGAGCAUCCAUAUCCUUGAGGGUAGCAAAGCGAGACCUAAUCAAGGCACCCUUCACUCUUUCCUGUAAAAACAACCUCAGUUCAUGUCUCUUGUCCUGUAAGUUCAUGACUAGUCCGGGGUCAUUCUGAGUGAGCAACUUCAACUCAAUAGAUUUGAUGUCCUGUUCAAGGGCCCUGAUAGUCUCUUUAACUUCAAUUCGAGACAGAGCGGUAUACUGUUGACAAAACACACGUAUUUGGGCCUCCCCAACCUCCCACCAUUGUCUCAAGGACUCAAAAUUCAAUUUAAUAACCCUCAAUUUUUCCCAAAACAACAACAACUUUUCACAAAACAUGGCUUCAUGUAAUAACUUAACAUUAAAAUACCAAUAAGGUGAUGACCUUCGUGGACAAGUGAAUAUCAACAGUAACAAUAUGGUGAUCAGAAAACCCCACAGGAGUGAUGUCACACCUUCCAACCCUCCCACAGUAGUGCUCAGAUACACACAACCUGUCUAACCUUCCUGCACUGACAUGUCCUUCAUUAACUUUUAGCCAUGUGCACUGCCUAACUUUUGCAUUUCUUACUCUCCACACACCAGAAAGCUCAAACUCAGUUAACCUCUUAAGGAUCGGACCCUAACUGCCUGUAGCUCAGGACCUGAAGCAAGGAUAUGCAUAUUCUUGAUAACAUUUGAAAGGAAACACUUUGAAGUUUGUAGAAAUGUGAAAUUAAUGUAGGAGAAAAUAACACAUUAGAUCUGGUUUAAAAAAAAAUGUUGUUCCAUCAUCUUUGAAAUGCCACAAUAUAAUAUUGCAGUUUAGGCGCAAUUUAGAUUUCAGCAGUCUAUGUGCAAAGUUUCAGAUUGAUCCAGUGAAGCAUUGCAAUACUGGACAAUUUUGUAUCAAGUCUGCCCAAAUGUGCCAAAUUGGUCAAUUUAUACAUUUUCAAGUACAUAACUAUAGAGAACAUACAAAAAUGAUAUGGUAAUACAAAAUGUAAGUUUACACACUCCCAGGAAUGUCAUACAUGAUGGAUCAUUAGUUUAUACACUAACUUUCACACAUCUAGAUGGCCGGGCGGGGUGGGUGGGAGUGGAGCCAGAGACAGCAGGGGUUCAAACUGUAGAACCCAGUUCCUACAUUUGAAUAUAUAAAUUGAUUUUAUCAAACAAAACUAUGCAAAAAAAAUUCUCUGGGAUCCUUAGGAUGACAAAUCAGAGCAAGAUUACUGAAUGUAAGUACAUUAUUUACCUUCAGAGGUGAAUAUAUCAAACCAGUUGCCGUGAUACGUUUUUUGUUGUUGUGCACUCUCCUCAAACAAUAGCAUGGUAUUUUCUCACUGUAAUAGCUACUGUGAAUUGGACAGUGCAGUUAGAUUAACAGGAAUUUAAGCUUUCUGCCCAUAUAAGACAUGUCUAUGUCCCGGAAAGUUUGCUGUUACUUACAACAGUCAUGCUAAUGACAUUAGCUCACGUUAGCUCAACCGUCCCAUUUACGGGACACCGAUCCCGUAGAAGUUAAUAGAACAGACAGACAAAUUGCUGACCACAGUUGAGGUUCUUCAGCAGUGCGAUCAACAGUAAAAUGUAAAAUCCACUGUACAGUUCCAGUCCCCCCCUAAAACCAUACACCCCACUUGGUCACACUGGCUUAAGGUUUCCUUUAUUUGAUCAAAUACAGCAAUAUGCUCUGUACCCUCAUUAGGAGCAUAAACAUUUCAAAAAAUGUAAUUAAAAAAACAUCCGCCUUGACCAAUUAAACCAGACCCAUGACAAUCUCUGUUGUAGAUACCAUAGUCACCCCUAAGCCUGAGGAAAACGGCACUGAAAUUAGUACCAUGACUGAGUAUAUGCUGCGUCAUUGUCCUGCUGAAAAGUGAACCUCCGUCCCACUCUUCCGUAAAGCCCAGCUCUGUGGAGUGUACGGCUUGAAGUGGUCCUGUGGACAGAUACUCCAAUCUCUGCUGUGGAGCAUUGCAGCUCCGUCAGGGUUAUCUUUGGUCUCUUUGUUGCCUCUUUGAUUAAUGCCCUCCUUGCCUGGUCCGUGAGUUUUGGUGGGCGGCCCUCUCUUGGCAGGUUUGUUGUGGUGCCAUAUUCUUUCAAUUUUUUAAUAUUGGAUUUAAUGGUGCUCCGUGGGAUGUUCAAAGUUUCUGAUAUUUUUUUAUAACACCACCGUGAUCUGUACUUCUCCACAACUUUGUCCCUGACCUGUUUGGAGAGCUCCUUGGUCUUCAUGGUGCCCCUUGCUUGGUGUGUCACGCCCUGACUCAAGGGACGUUUAUUUGUUGAGUCAGGAUGUGUAUAUUUCGUGUUGUGUUUAUUUCUAUGUUUAAGAUCUAGAAUGUGUAGAUCUAUGUUGGCCUGUGUGGUUCCCAAUCAGAGGCAGCUGUUGCUCGUUGUCUCUGAUUGGGGACCAUACUUGGGCAGCCUUUCGACACCUGUCAGUUGUGGGAUCUUGUUCCGUGUGAGGUAUGUUAUUUGUCUACCUUGGACGUCACGUUUCAUUUGUUGUUUUGUUGUGUGUUUAGUCGUGAAAUAAAUAUGAAUGCAUAUCACGCUGCGCCUUGGUCCUUCUCGUCCGUAAACGAUCGUGACAUGGUGGUGCCCCUUGCUUAGUGGUGUUGCAGACUUGGUGGUGCCCCUUGCUUAGUGGUGUUGCAGACUUGGUGGUGCCCCUUGCUUAGUGGUGUUGCAGACUUGGUGGUGCCCCUUGCUUAGUGGUGUUGCAGACUUGGUGGUGCCCCUUGCUUAGUGGUGUUGCAGACUUGGUGGUGCCCCUUGCUUAGUGGUGUUGCAGACUUGGUGGUGCCCCUUGCUUAGUGGUCUGGGUCUUUACCAGGCCAGGAAGAGAACCACAACACCGUGACAGAGAGGAUAGAGGCCUGGGGGAGAUCCACAACACUGUGACAGAGAGGAUAGAGGCCUGGGGGAGAUCCACAAUACUGUGACAGAGUGGAAGGAGGCCUGGGGGAGAACCACAAUACUGUGACAGAGAGGAUAGAAGCCUGGGGGAGAUCCACAAUACUGUGACAGAGAGGAAGGAGGCCUGGGGGAGAUCCACAACACUGUGACAGAGUGGAAGGAGGCCUGGGGGAGAUCCACAACACUGUGACAGAGAGGAUAGAGGCCUGGGGGAGAGACGAGGGAGAGGAAGGAGAGGGUGGAGACAGGGGAAGGGAAGGCUACCUUUGACUUGAUAUUCAGCACUUCAUGUGUCCAUGUGUGGAUCCUGUAGAAUGAGCACUAGGGAUGGUUCACAUGACCUCGAUCAUUUUACUACCAGAUCCUGCAUCAUACACGCCUUCCUGUGGCCUCAGGUCCUGAAUACACAAUCAUGACCUCAUGUUAUGUUAUGUUAUAGUCUCUUAUCAGCCAUCACCUCUCUUCCCCACCCUCAUCGGCAGUCAGGUCAUUUUCUCGCUGUGUGUGUGUGUGUUUACAUACGUACAUUGGCAUGUGUUGUUCAAAAAUAGCAACCUCGGUGGGAUUCCAUUCCAUUGUUAUGAUGUGUGGAUACACAUGCAUGUAAUACACCCAGGAUAGACCCCAAUGAACAGCCUGGAAUAACCUGUGGACUACACUAAGCCUGAGGGUCUGAUCGAUGGUAUUUCAGCGUUACCCACUGCAGUUAUGGGACUGAGUUUCACAUGCCCCGUUACAUAUACUGUACCUACAGUAUGUAUGGGGGAUGAACAUACCUGAUGUUCUUUAUUGGCCAAGGGGAAUGGAGACAUUUGAUGGGAUCAUUUUUACAUUAUAUCAAUAUCAGUAUGCUCAUGUUGUGCUUGUCGAAUCCUAGGUGGUGAACGCCAAGAAGAAGGUAAAGAAGAAGAGAUACAUCAACUCUGGGACGGUGAGUCUGUCAAAAACUCCAGGUUAAAAUCUACAUCUCUUCCUGCCUGGUGCAACCGUAUAUUUCUUCCCCAUCAUCUCUGUUUGUUGUGUUCAUUAAUGAGUUUGUAGUAAGAGGAUUGUAGAGGUUUAAUUUCCUUAGCUAAUUGUUUGUUAUCUCUUCUGAAUCCUAGACAAGAUAGGAUGCUUUGUUUUGUUAUGGUCCAGACAAUAAACAUUAGCCUGGUCCCAGAUCUGCAUUGAUCUGCUGUCUUGCUAAACUUCAACGGUCAUUGCGAUGUUUGGCAUGCAAUACUAAACACAAACAGAUCUGGGACCAGGCUAAAUUAAGAUCACUAGAAGAGAAAUAAGUUGUAAUGGCCUCAAACAACGUUAACCGGUGAGAGUCUAUAGAGAUGAUAACUGUCCUAUCAGUGACUGAGUGGCUGCUUCUUCACUCCUCCUCCACAUGUCCUGUUGUCCUAUCAGUGACUGAGUGGCUGCUUCUUCACUCCUCCUCCACAUGUCCUGUUGUCCUAUCAGUGACUGAGUGGCUGCUUCUUCACUCCUCCUCCACAUGUCCUGUUGUCCUAUCAGUGACUGAGUGGCUGCUUCUUCACUCCUCCUCCACAUGUCCUGUUGUCCUAUCAGUGACUGAGUGGCUGCCAUGCCCAGCCAGUGGCUGAUGUUUAGGAGACAAUCAGUGCAUUGUUAUUAUUGCCUGGGCACACACACACACACACACACACACACACACACACACACACACACACACACACACGUACACACAUACACACACACACACGUACACACAUACACACACACACACACACACACACACACACACACACACACACACACACACAGUUUGGGAUGCAGAGCCUCAAUAUGAUGACUGUGGCUAGAUCAUUAAAAUCACAGAGCAAGUCAUCCAUCAUGUUGCUCUCAUCAUAACUCAGUGAGAUGGAUGUGAGUGAGUGUGUGUGUGUGUGUGUGUGUGUGUGUGUGUGUGUGUGUGUGUGUGUGUGUGUGUGUGUGUGUGUGUGUGUGUGUGUGUGUGUGUGUGUGUGUGUGUGUGUGAGAGAGAGAGACGGAUCUUCUCCCUGUGACAGCAAUAUUAAUAUGCAGCUCUGAUAUCAAACAAACUAAUUCUACCUAGAUGAAUCACUCCUGGGUGGCAGUUGGUUGGUUAGCCCUCGGGCCCUGGAUUCAUGUGUUUAAUAUUUCAAUUGGUAAAUUGGGUUUGUGUUGAUUACGGAUGUGGAUGGUGCUUAUUAUUAAAUUGGUAUUUGUAUAAAUUGUAUUGGUGUUGAUUACCUAAGUGGGUAAGCAACCUUUUAGAAUAGAAAACUGGUUUGAAUGUAUUUUUACCCAGGUGACACUGUUGUUGUGAACAGAUGUUUAAAUUGGUAAAUAAAUUAUGUUUAGUGUUGAUUACCUAAGUGGUGAAUAUAACCAUUUGGUAACUGUUUUGAAUGUCAUUUUUACCCAGGUAACUCUGCUGUCGUUCACAGUGGAGUCAGAACACACGUUCCUGGACUACAUCAAAGGAGGGUGAGUUGGUUCAAAAGUCUACAUUACAGUAUUUCAAAAUACAGAAACAUGGCAACAUUUGAAACUAGCCCUCAAUACAUAUGGAAAUGUCUGCUCUACCCAAAAAUACAACCAAAUAAUUGCAGCAUUACCGCAAAAAUGGAAAAGGAAAGUGGAAGGGGGAAAAAGUAACUUGUCUGUUGGCCUUGCAUUAAAGAACAUAAUUGGUUAAAGAAAACUGUGAUGAAUAAAAAAGUAUACCAGUUUCAUUCAAGGACCAAAGGAUUGACAGCCGUCCCAUAUACAUUGGGGCUCCCGAGUGGCGCAGCGGUCUAAGGCACUGCAUCUCAGUGCUUGAAGUGUCACUACAGACCCCCUGGUUCGAUUCCAGGCUGUAUCACGACCGGCUGUGAUUGGGAGUCCCAUAGAGUGGCGUACCGAUCCCAUGGCAUAGUGUUUAUGAACUGAUACGCAAAACGACGCCGGAUUCAAAACUUCACAUUUUUCCAUUUAAAUUAUUAUAUAAAGUUCUUGCUACCAAUAGAAUGUUAUUUAUAUGGGGAAUACAAUCUUCCCAGCUCUGCAGAUUUUGCUGCGAAGAGACAGAAUAUUUAGAUCAUUUGUUUUGGUACUGUCCAUUUGUAGCUUGUUUUUGGACACAGGUCCAGGAAUGGCUGAAGGAUUGCAACAUUUACCUGGAGCUAACCCUGCAGAUAGCAUUACUGGGUGAUCUGAAAAGUCAUAGUCAAUCAAUCAAUAAAAUAAUAAUAAUUUUAGCAAAAAUGUUUAUUUACAAUUUACAAUCUGUAGAAACAAUGAGAAUAGAAAGGUUCAGAACUUUUGUAAAACAUCACAGUACUGUUGAAACAUAUAUGGCAAAUAGAAAUCCAAUAUGGAUGGUGUUAAGAGAUAGAUGGGUGGUGUUGAAUGGAGUUGAAGGAUGGGACUAUUAACAACUAACAACAACUAAUAACAACAAGAUAACUAAUAAUGUAAGCAUACUGUGUCCAUAAUAAGUAUAUAGAUUAUAGGUUGAGAGCUUUUGUGAAAGAGCACAGUUAAAAAGAUAUGGCAUAUAGAAGCAAACCGGAUGGACAUCAUGAAAAUUAUUGGAGAGGUUGAGGGUAGAGGAAGUUCAGGAGUAAAAACAAACAAAAUAGAAUUAUUGUAAAAUUGACUGUGUCCAUAAAAUGUAUAUAGUAUGUAUAAGCUGGAAGUAGAGGCCUAAGCAUUGUUGUUCACUAGUUUACUCCAAUUAGGGAAGGGGUGGUGGGGUUGGAAAGUAAUAAAGGGAAAUAUACCCCCUAAGAAAUAUAUUUUAAAAAAAAAUAAUAAUAAUAAAGGUUUGCGGAAUCUCCUAUUCACUUCAUGUUGCAUCUGACAGAUCUGAGAAAAACUAUUUAGUUAGGGGAGUUGAGAUAUACUGUAUAUCUUGUGAAAAUGUACUGUAGACACAAGCAGGCAGGGUUAUUGAACUAUUUGUUUUAAUAGUUUUUUAGGGAAUACAACAUAGAAGAGACAAGACAAACAAAACAUGACAGAUGUGGUGGUGGGUGGGAGUUGUAUCAUCACAUUGCAUAGUCACCUUGUAAAAUCAAAUUAUAACAAUAACAACAACAAUAAUAAUAAUAAUAAUAAUAAUAAUAAUAAUAUUAAUAACAAUAACAGUAAUAUUAACAACAACAAUAACAAUAACAACAAUAACAACUGUAAUAAUAACAACUCUAAUAAUAAUAACAACAAUAACAACUGCAAUAAUAAUAACAAGAAUAAUAAUAACAACAAUAGCAACUGUAAUAAUAAUAACAACAAUAACAACAAUAAUAAUAACAACAGUAAUCAUAAUAAUAAUAACAACAACAACUGUAAUAAUAACAACAACAAUACUAUUAAUAAUAUUAACAACAAUAACAACUGUAAUAAUAACAACAACAACACUAAUAAUAACAACAACAACAAUAAUAAUAACAACAACUGCAAUAAUAAAAACAACAAUAAUAUGAAUAAUAAUAACAUCAAUAACAAAUGUAAUAAUAAUAAUAACAAUAAUAAUAAUAACAACAACAACUGUAAUAAUAACAACUGAAAUAAUAACAACAACAAUAAUAUUAAUAAUAAUAACAACAAUAACAAAUGUAAUAAUAACAACAAGAGAGGAGAGCACAGAGGGGAGAGCACAGAGGGGAGAGCAGUCUCUCCACCUCCACUCAACACCCACAAAUGAUUGUGAUUAGUUAUUAACGUUAUAGCUAGCACCACUCAAAGGUCACCCCUGCUCCUUACACCUAGCUGCUGUUAGAUUCACAUAAAGCAGCCAGUGACAUGAGGUUGCAAUGUUAAUGCAGUAGCUUGUUUCAGCAAGGGGCAACAACGUUUAAUCACGUUGUUAAGACUCCAUGUUUAAUCACGUUGUUAAGACUCCAUGUUUAAUCACGUUGUUAAGACUCCAUGUUUAAUCACGUUGUUAAGACUCCAUGUUUAAUCACGUUGUUAAGACUCCAUGUUUAAUCACGUUGUUAAGACUCCAUGUUUAAUCACGUUGUUAAGACUCCAUGUUUAAUCACGUUGUUAAGACUCCAUGUUUAAUCACGUUGUUAAGACUCCAUGUUUAAUCACGUUGUUAAGACUCCAUGUUACCGCAGAAACAGACUCAACCUCACAAAUGCCCGGCCUUCCCGUCUUCAAUCAGCUGUUCAUUCCCCAAAUGAUUUUUUACGGUUAUGACGAUCAUUUUAUUUUCAUGAUAGUCCAUAACCGUCAGUUACAGGGUUAUACGGUAUUAGUGCCAGCCCUACCUACAGCACAGACUUCCGCCCAUCAGAUGUGUCAGUAGCUCCUUCCCUGACUGGCUGCUUGGGGUGGUGGGCUGACUGGCUGCUUGGGGUGGUAGGCUGACUGGCUGCUUGGGGUGGUGGGCUGACUGGCUGCUUGGGGUGGUGGGCUGACUGGCUGCUUGGGGUGGUGGGCUGCUUGGGGCGGUGGGCUGACUGGCUGCUUGGGGUGGUGGGCUGCUUGGGGCGGUGGGCUGACUGGCUGCUUGGGGUGGUGGCCUGACUGGCUGCUUGGGGUGGUGGGGCUGACUGGCUGCUGGGGUGGUGGGCUGACUGUGACUGGCUGCUUGGGGUGGUGGGGGCUGCUUGGGGCGGUGGGGCUGACUGGCUGCUUGGGGUGGUGGGCUGACUGGCUUCUUUGGGGUGGUGGCCUGACUGGCUGGUUGGGGUGGUAGGCUGAACUGGCUGCUUGGGGUGGUGGGCUUGACUGGUUGCUUGGGGCGGUGGGGCUGACUGGCUGCUUGGGGCAUGGGCGACUGGCUGCUUGGGGUGGUGGGCUGACUGGCUGCUUGGGGCGGUGGGCUGACUGGCUGCUUGGGGCGGUGGGGCUGACUGUGCUGCUUGGGGUGGUAGGCUACUGGCUGCUUGGGGUGGUAGGCUGACUGGCUGCUUGGGGGCGGUGGGCUGACUGCUGCUUGGGUGGUGGGCUGACUGGCUGCUUGGGGUGGUAUGGCUGACUGGCUGCUUCGGGGCGUGGGCUACUGGCGCUUGGGGGUGGGUGGCUGUUCGGGCGGUGGGCUGACUGGCUGCUUGGGGUGGUGGGCUGUUUGGGGCGGUGGGCUGACUGGCUGCUUGGGGUGGUGGGCUGACUGGCUGCUUGGGGUGGUAGGCUGACUGGCUGCUUCGGGCGGUGGGCUGACUGGCUGCUUGGGGUGGUGGGCUGACUGGCUGCUUGGGGUGGUAGGCUGACUGGCUGCUUGACUAGUCAGUAGCCCCUUCCUCAGAGGGCUGCUAUGUUGUUGGUUUAGUCAGCACAGCUGAUGGGGGGUCUUAAUUUAAGGUUAGGGUUAGGCAUAAGGUAAGCAGUGUGGUCAAGGUUAGGUUUAGGUUUAAAAUCACAUUUUAAGAAGAUAAACUGUAGAAAUAGGCGGGGUUAUUGUCUUUGUGGCUGUUUUAACUAGUGACAACUUGCCAGUCCACCCAUUAUGCCAUCAUUGACUUGAAUGGGGACGCCCGUUCUAUUCAUUCCAUUUCUAUGGCAGCAGAUGCGGUCAGGAGUGGAGGAAACCCGAAAAUGUGCAUCCCUCCAACAAAUGUGCAUCCAAAUUUUGUUUGUUUUUUUCUUAAUUUUUAGAACGAAGACCGCGGUCAUUUGGCUUGCCAAUUAUCAUGAUCCAACAUUUCAUGACCGUCACAGCCCUAAUUACCAUAUCUAAAACCACCAGUCUUCCUGUUAUUUUUACCAUAUCUAAAACCAUACUGUGGUUUGAUUGAUGGAAUUCUCCAUUCCUGGGCAGAGAGAGUCUCUCCCGAAGGAGACAAGGUUAUCUGCCUCUUUCUCUCAACCCUAGACAGAACAUGAAUGAAUUAAUAUGAAUGACCAUGAAAUAUGGAGUAUGGAGUAUGGAGUGUGAUGACUGUAUAAAAUAUGAAGUGGGUUUUAGGCCUUUAAUGGGAAGCUCCAACCUGUCACGUACUCUAUAUGAAAACGCUGUGGAUCUGUGGUAGCUGUCCUGGUUUCAGCCCUGUAGCAGUCCUUGUGCUGCACUGUCAGUACUGGACUGUGUCAGUGUUAGGUUGUUUGGCGACUGUGUCCUAGAUCUGUCAGUGACCCUCAUGGCCUCUCACUGUCCCACCCACCCACCGUCCAUCCAUCCAUCCAUCCAUCCAUCCAUCCAUCCAUCCAUCCAUCCAUCCAUCCAUCCAUCCAUCCAUCCAUCCAUCCAUCCAUCCAUCCAUCCAUCCAUCCAUCCAUCCAUCCAUCCAUCCAUCCAUCCAUCCAUCCAUCCAUCCACCCAUCCACCCAUCCACCCAUCCACCCAUCCACCCAUCCACCCAUCCAUCCAUCCAUCCAUCCAUCCACCCAUCCACCCAUCCAUCCACCCAUCUAUCCACCCAUCCAUCCACCCACCCAUCCAUCCAUUAAGAAAAGGAGACAGUUUAUCACACCAUCCCAAACAGGACUUCCCACCACGCUACACUACAAGAAGCAGACUGUUAAAGUGGAUGUUGAUGACACUGGUUGCAUAGGAUUCCUUUCAGUCUCCUGUGUGUUUAGCCUCACACAACCACUCACGUACUAACAGGCGACCAAACACAUAUUGACUUUGAUCAAUUUGGUAUGAUUUAUGGGCUCUUAGAGGAUAAGAAGUGGUUUCACUUUCCCGGGGACACAGAACCCGUGUGA